GUGAGCCUUUGAGCCGGGCUUUUUUGCACGUGCCCCAUGUCGAAAGCCGAUCGCGCUCGGCAGCUGCUGAAAGAGAAACUGUUUGCCUUUGAGCUCUUCAAGGAGCUCUCAGCCUCCUUAAAGGAUGAGCUGGUGGCAGUGGUUGAACAGGUCUCGUAUUCUCCAGGAACACUUCUCUUCAGCGAGGGCGAUCCACCGGAGGACAUCUACUUGCUGGUGGAGGGAGAGGUGAAGUGCUUCAACAGGGUCUCUGACCCUGAAGCUGAGGGCGAAGCAUCCCCUCGACGUCAGUCCCUGUCGAUGAAGCGUCCAUCGAUACAGGGCAUCGAGGCGGUCGACUUUGGCCAGUGUGUGAAUGUGAUCCAUCCUGGUCGAGCUAUAGGCGUCGUGGAGCUGAUGCAGAACCAGCCGCGCUCCACCACUGCGGCGUGUUCGCAAGCCUGUGAAGCCAUCAUCAUCAGGAAACAGGACUUCUUGAGAUUGGUGAAGGAGAGUAUGUCUCGCGACUGGGUGGAGAAGGACAAGUUCCUUCAAACCCAUUUGGUGGGGAUUCGUGACCAUGCCCGCCACUUUGUGCCGAUCACUGGGAAGUCCCAUGCAACCUACAUGUUCGUCAAGCGAAAAUAUCCCGGUGGCCACGUCUUUCUGCGCGAGGGGAACCACGUGGAUGGCGCCAUCUACGUGAUCCACCAGGGCUCUGUGAACUUCUUCCGGGCCGCGCCAGGUGCUCCGAAGGCUGAGACAAGCUGGCGGAACCCCGUCAUGGAGAAGGGGAAACCCUUAGGUCUCCUCCAGCCCACCAGCGCGGGGGUGCUGGCACGCGAGUAUCGGCUGUGCGCCAUGUUGCCUGGUGGUGUCUUCAGCAGCUCCCCCGCUGCCGGCAGUGUGGGGGCGGAACCCUUUUCUGUGGUCGCAGGGUCCAAGGGCUGCGAAGUCUUCGAGUCCGUCGGGGAGAACUUCCAAAAGCUUCCCACGAAGGUGGCCGCAGCGGCUCGGGAGGUCUUGGCCAAAGUGGCGCAGCUCCAUCAAGAGAGGUGCGAGGUGCUUUUGGCCACGAUGCGCGACACGGGGAACGACGACAACCCGGCCAAGCUGUGGAGCCGACUCCAUGGGGCUUCAGGUCACCAUUCCAUUGCAUCCAAAAAGCCGAAUCCCCUGCUGACGGCCAGCAAGAUGCAGAUGGGGAUGACCAAGAGCGGUGCCCAUUCUGCACGGGGUCGCCGAAGUGCGGAUCCUACGCAGAGCCGCCGCGUGACAUCGGGUUGAGUGCGCGACCCGUUUGAGUUCAGGGUGGGUGGCUGUGACAACCGCACCAGGGCACUCAUGCAGUUGGCUCGGUCCGACCGUGGCUGCUUGGUCAUGCCAUUGCGAAAGGCCUCCCUUCGAGGCAUAGCACAAGAGUAAUAUGGCCUAAUUCAGAUUGAAGCAAGGGUCAGAGAUGGGCUUGUUUGUGACUCUAAUAACAUCUAAUAACUGAUCCGCCUUUUCAAGUCAUGCCUCUCAAAGUCUUACCGCAUCUAAGCUGCGAAUUUGGUUUCAAUACGCUUACAUCAGUGAUAGCCCUUAGUGCUGUUUUUCACUUGCACGACAGGCUUGCCUAAACAGAGGCACUGUCCCACCCUGGAAUGUAAACUUUUGCUUGACAUGCGCGCGCCUCGUACGGCGUGCACAAGCAGAGCAUGGCUUGCCACGUCAUUCCAACCGCGAGGAUUCUGAUCCCGCGAGCCGGCAGCCUUGCUAUACCUCUUUUGUUUUCGAGUUGGGGCAUGGUGAGUGUGCAAUCUCGGACGCUGUCAAGGUCUAGAGUAGACAACGCAGGCAAGGACAAGAGCAAGAAGUGACCUGAAGAACUGCGCACGAGCAGGAGCUGAUUUCGCGAAGGCCGUGUGCCAUUAACAAGCCAGUUCACGUCCAUGAAGUCCUCGAAUGAGAUGCUGUUUUUGGCCAGCCCCUCAGAGCGUGAGCAGGUGGUUGAUGUCCGCCGUGCUUGGUUUGGG